GUUCUGUCAGUCCUUGGGCUCAGCUGGGGAGGGGGUAUGCAGGCAAGUGUCACCCAGGACCCAGCUAGAGGCAUCUAGAGCUGGUGCCCUUGAAGUGCUCUUCUGAAAAGAAAUUGCAGCUGGCACAUGGCAGCAAGAGCACACUGUGUCUCAGGAACUUGGGCAAGGGCUAGACCUAACUAUGCAACAAGCCACAAAGCAGAACUGCGGUGUCUGGAAAUGCCCCCAGGAGCAUCCAAGAUAGAAGAAGAAGGAAAGAGUGUCUUGAAUUUGGCCAACAGCCCAGUAGAUCGAAUGGGAAAGGGAGGUAGGCAAACAUAAAAUGCCAGAAAAGGAAUUUGGUGGGUCUGGUUUAAAAUUCCAGAACAUCUUUGGAUGACUGCAGAGUUUGUAUAAGCCUUUCUAAAUGUUUCCCUGAGUCCAAUAGCAGCUCUUCGCUCAUGUCCAUCAGCAUAAUGACUUGCCAUUCAGAUGCUUUCCUGAGUGACAUGGAGUCGAUUUUAGAAGAAGCACAAUUUGAAGAUGUUUUUUCCCCCAUCUCUCUCGAUAAUUUGGCAGUACUGGAAUUAAUUUCUUCCAAAUGCUGAAGUAUUUUGUCACCUAAUGCUCUCUGUGCUUUAGUGCCCUCAUGCACCGAGAGGGUAGUGUAAGACUUGGAAUCAAGAUAUUCUUUGGCAGGCACAUAUCUCCUCUUGUAGCAUGGCAGUACGUGUGUGUUUGCGUUGCCUUUGAAGUUUGGCUCUUAGGAGCUGAUUUCCUCCUGGUCUUUUUUGAAGUGAAAGCUAAGCGCUUGUUCAUGAGCAUUGGUUAUGGUGUUAAGUGAACUGCUUCCAAGGAUGCAUGGAGAUGCUAAAUCAGUAGUGCUACACAAACUAUUGCGGUGCUGAGCUGCCAGGGAUGAGGAAUUUUAUUCUAGUAAAGGAGGCUUGGAAGGAUGUUUCCUCUAGGAGGAAAAGUUAGGGGCUGCUGUCACCAAUGCCUAAGGCUGAAACCAACACAAUAGUAAAUAUGUAAACUAUGCUUGGAAACCACUGCUAUACAGUUACUUUUUGGGUAGAAUAUCUAUUUUUGGAGGCUACCAUAGAAAUAAAGGCCUUUGAAGGAAAGGGAGGAGAAAGGAAAAGCCUGUUCCAUACAGAAAUAGAGGAGGUUUCUUUAGCGCUGAACCUGCCCUGGGUAACCUGAUCUAACUUCAGAAUUAGCUCUGCUUUGAGCAGUGGUUGAACUAAAUAGCUCCAGAGAAUCUAUCCAAACUGAGCUAUUCUAUAACUCAACUUUUGUGCUAGGCCCUUAAUGCAGUAGUGAGGUAGGUCCCAGGAAGGGGCUGGGGAAGAGCAGUGAGAAGUCUGAUAUGGGGGUGUGAUUGAUAAGCCAUGGGGAGUGCUAAGGUAUGAAAACAAUUCUUCAGCUCAGAAAGGACAGAGGUCUUUCCUGUUAUGGAAAGACCAGUAUGGUGUGCUGUUUCUUCCCGGUCUAAAAUGCUAAAUAUGCAAGUAAAUCUGAACUAGAGGCAGAGCCUAAAAGACACAGGCCAUGGUGCCAUAGACCAAUAUGAGUCAGCAGGGAGCACUUCACCCUUGGAGUCAGUCUUGGCUGACGGCUGCAAGACCUGUAGGAACUUGGCAAAAGAGGGUCUUUUGCCCUCUGAAUUGGUGUUGGCUCCCAUGCUGAGAGCUGGCACAUGAGUCCUCUUUACCAUCCCUUCUUUUUCUUACUGUGCCAAUGCUGAGUUCAAUGCCUUAGUGUGGUAAAACUAGGUGAUGCAGGCAACUUGAUGGGAACAAAAUUCCUCUUCCCCACCUGACUGUGUUAACAUCUGUGUCCUGGUGGGACUCCUUCAUGUGUUUGAAACCCAAAGCUAGGGUGCUAAAUGCCUGGCAUUAAAAAUUCCCAAACGUAUUUCAGGGUGUAGUUGCUGGAGGCUUAUGGGAACUUCCAGCUGAGGUGACUGUACUUGGUUUAAUUCAGUCCUUCCUGAGUUACCCCAGAUGGCUUUCUUCUUUUUCUACCCUGAUUACUUAGCUAGGACUGCUGUGAAUUGGAGCUGCAGCAGUCUGUUCUGGAGGCAGGUGCUCUGUCUGGCCCCGCUCUCUUUCUGUGAGAGAGUAGCAUGCAGUAGGUAGGAGGGGAAGAAAAUGGAGGCUCCAAAGGGUGUGCCUGGCCUUAUGAGCUGUAGGAUGCUGCUACAGCACAGGGUAAGGGUCAGCACAGGCCUCUUAUAAUCUUUCUGAUAAAUGUAACCUCGAGGAUAAAAGCAGAGUGGUGGAGCCAUGCAGUAUCAGUGCUGAUGCACGCUGUGCAGAGCUUGGGAGAUUGGUGCUACUGUUCCAGUGCCCUCUGGUGGAAUUAUCUAACCAAUGCAACUCACACCAAAACCUCCACCCUCUGAGAAGGCUUUACUGCAUUCCUCUAAUGUGCAUGAAUAGGAUGUGGGAGGGAAACAGGUUGAGAUCAAGUAAGAGUAGCCCUAAGGUUGCAGCGUGGGUCUAGGUGACAUUGCCUGAUUGCAGCCUUGUUUCCUGGCUGAGUGGAUUUGCCUUUUUGUGCUUUUCUUUUCAUACCACCUCCACCACUGUCAAAAGAGAGGGAUGAGGUUACUUAUCUCAUGGGGCAGAGGUGCAGCCAAAGUAAAUUUAAGUCUGUUGAGUUCUGUACAAUCCUUAGACAGAUAUUGACAAUGAAAUAUGAAAGAUUGUCCCUGUGAGAAGGUGUUAUUAGCACUUCUGUGAGCUAUGUGGCAAUAGCUUGUUCACACAGAUGCUGUGUGCUCUCUCUAAGGCCACAGACUUCACACUCCUACCUUUGAAACAGGUCUUUUGGUCUGACAGCCCAGGACUUAGACUUGGCCUAGGUUUGGAGUCAGAUGUAGCACACCUAUGGCAAGCAACUACAGUAUCUGGCCUUGAGAUUUGUGGCUCAGACCCAAAAAAGGAAGGAGGUGAAGGUGUGAUGUUCCCCAUAAAGACAUAAAACAGCGGUGGGAUAAUGCAUAUGAUUGUCCUCUGUUGGCUUUGGUUGGAUGAUUGGUUAAUUAGGGGAGAUAAAUGAAUCAUCCCCUCCAGAAGUCCCUUCCCAUCUAACUCUUUCCAUCAUUCUAAGAAACAAGGUGUUUAGGUGUGUACAACAGAAUCAUCUGGCCUAACACUGUGUUAUUCCUAGCUCCUACACAUCCAUUGAUAAAAACAUCUGGUUUUAUUGACCUGCAAAAGCACAAACACUAAUCAAAUUCAAAAGCAUUGCUUUUAAGUUCAGGAAUAUCAUCUCAGUGUAGUUGCACAGUGCCACACAUUGUAUUUUCCUGUGUAAUGUGCUAUAGAUGACCCUGCCUGCACAGGGGGGUUGGACUAGAUGAUCUCCAGAGGUCCCUUCCAGCCUCAAGCAUUCUGUGAUUCUGUGUAUCUUGUGGAGAUGUAGUUCAGAGUUCAACUUUGACAGCAAACAACAACUCUAUUGAUGGCUGAGAGGGAAGAACUGAGCCAUCUCCUGAUGUCUGAGAGAGAUGUAGUGUAUUCUAAUAAAAUCAGCAGCUGAAUUUACAUCUAAAAUGUAUCAACAGUACUUGGAGAUCUAUUUCAGCAGCAAAAAAGCCUGUGAAUCUACAUGGUAAUUUCCUCCUCUGUCUGCUGAUUGUGGUUCCUCUUUUUAUACAGUGGUCAGUCUAAAACCUUGCCAGGAUGUAAGCUUUUUUUCCAUGAGACUGAGUCUGUUGUGACUUGGUUAUGGGCCAGGCAGAGUGAAAAUCUCAGUGAAAUCUCAGCAUGAACUUUCAGAGCAUAACUAGGUUUCGGCAACCAUGUAGCUGCACUUAUGUCGUGCAGGAGGGCAAACCUGAUGACAAAGGAAUGAGGCACAAGGAUGUUGGGAAGAAAAAGAGGCUGCAUGCAACCUUCCAAGGGGCCAGGCUCCUGUCCUGCAGCUGGUCUUGUUGCAUAAUAGACUAAGUCACUCUCUUUUGCACACAGUUUAAAAAACAAAACAAACCAAAAAAACUGAAGCCAGUACAAGAGACAUCAUGAUUUCAUAGUAACUGAUAGAGAGGGUAUUCCUUGGUAAAGACAUCCAGCUGUGUAUGCCCUAUUCUGUUUAGGGGCAGCCCUUCUCAAUACUCUGUGCGCAUAGAACAUGCAUCAGUCCAUUACAUCCCUCCCUUGCCCUUUACCUUCUGCCACACUGUACUCCUCUUUUCUCUGAUGCAUGUUCUUCCUUGCACAGUCCUGUCUGUCCUUCAGCUCUGUCCUGUGUGCUUUUCAUGUCAGCUCUCUGGAUGUCCAGCUAUCAUGUCAUCCUGGUCUACUUUAAAGAGCUUCCUAUCAGCCAAACUAACCAAGCUUCCUUCUUUCUUCAGGUAGAUUCCUAGGUCCUUCUGAUGCUUUAUCUCCAGAGUAUCCUGAUUCACUGCCAUUUCUUCUCAGCCACCAUUUCUCUUAAUAGCCUCCCUCAAAUGUAUGACACUGCUUUUGGGCAUCAUGUUUCCUUCUAGAAAGUAUACUAAACAGUAAUCUGGCCAAUUUUCCUCGAUGCAACAACAGAGGCCUUUACCAGGGAGCAGGAAAAGGGAAAUAAAUAACAGUGAUGCAGAAAAAAUAUAAACCAAUCCUUUUCAAAUUCAAGAAUGGAGCCUGACUCACUGAAGGAUGCAUCGCUCUGAAAUUCAACAGGCUGUAAAUUGGGCUUUCAUAGAGAUCUCUGUGUGUAAAGCUCUUCCCAAUAACCCCCCAAGCCAUAUUUUUAUUCUAUCUUUGCUUUUUUUUUUCCCCCUUCAACUCUUUCCUUCUCUAUUUCUCCCUAGAUAUGUCAAACUUCUGAUUUUUAUCUCUUCCUCUGCCUAAGGCUAGAACUCCCCAGCCUCACCUCCACAGGGAAAGUUACCUGUUUGAGAUUUCUGCUGGUGCUGGCUGCCAACAGGGGCUGAUUUCCCAGGAUGAGAUAAAGCAUGUGAUAUUUGAUAUAGCAAAUGCAGCUUAACCACAACAGACAAAUGAAGACAGAAUGCAUCUUGUAUUAAGCUGUGCAGAAGGUCAAAGUGGGUUAAAACCCAUAGCAGCUGCAAACCUAAAAGCAAUGAUAACACAGAAAGACAGACAUGGAGAUAAUUGAAGGAGAGAGAUUUAAAAAAAAAAAAAAGGGUAAAAAAGGGAGAGGCAAGAUCUCAAAAAGGAAACCUACCAGCUAGAAACUGACUAUGUGUUUUGGGGAAGGAGGAGUGCAACUUCCUUUUUAGUUACUGGGUUCUCAUUUUUAUUUUCUCUCUCAGAAAUUUCCAUAGUGCUGGGGCUGAUUUCCUGGGCUAAGAAACCCAAGAUCUUUUCAGACUGUGUCUGAGCUCCCAGCAAUUCUCAGAUUAUCUAUAGUAGUUCCAGCAUUCAGCAUAGCCUUUUUUGACAGGCAAAGGAUGAAAAGGAUGAAUGAGCAGAUGGGAAAGGCUUAGUGACUCACUGGUAUCUUCCUCUGAAAUCAGGGACCUGGAAGUCCAAGCUUUUAUGUAAUAAACCUAAGAACAGGGAUCAGUAACGGUGUGAUUGAAUGGCAUCAGAUAUCGUCUACGCUGAGGUGAAGUUCAAGAAUGAAUCACUGUCUGCAGAGGUCAAAGCACCUCCAGAGAAGAAGGAGCAUGAGCCUCAUACCCAGAAAUACCCACCAUGGCUCCCAUGGCUGAUCUCACUACUGCUCCUGCUGGUGUGCAUCACUCUCGUCAUUACUCUCCUUGUCACUAACUUCUCCCAUAGUCAUGAAGAGCCGAAGGCCCUGCAACAGAAUGCCACGGAGUUGCUCUGCAUCUCAGCGAUGCCACAAAGUAAAGGGCAAAGCUGGAUGUGCUGCCCAGUGGGUUGGAGACUCUUUCAAAAAGGCUGCUACUACAAAUCAACAGAUUCUAUGUCCUGGAACAACAGCAAGCAGAACUGCACUGGGAUGGGCUCCCACCUGGUGGUGAUUGAUACAGAAGCAGAGCAGGUUUUCCUCUCUGCAUGGCUAAAAGAAAAGAGUGAAUAUGAGAGAAAAGACAAUUACUACAUUGGUCUGAGUGCACAGAAGGUGGGCCAGUGGCACUGGGUGGACCAGACUCCCUUCAAUGUGACAGCAGUGUUCUGGAGGACUGGGGAGCCAAGUAAUGUGGAGAAGGAGAAGUGUGUUGUAAUCCACUGGAAGGAAAAAGAACACUGGAACUGGAAUGAUUUGCCAUCUGCAGGUCUCUUGUGUAACCAGGAUCAAAACAUGUUGCUCUGCAGGAUAGAGCAUUACACAACUACUGCAGUAUAAAUUGGAUCUACCCACUGAGACAAAGCCUUUCAGAGACAUCCUGGCUAUGUGGUGCGGCUGCUAUAGCAAAAGCUUUGGAAGAGACUGGACACAGGCAACAAGCUCAAGAGAUAUAAUUAUGAGCAUUUGUUACCAUGGGUGAAAGUCUUGAGUGGGAGAGUAACACAAGGUUGUGGCAGGAGUCUGUCCAGCCUACAGUUGGCCAAGUAUGAUGAAUUCUCCCCAGCAGCAAAAAACUGGGACCUUGAGUGCCAUCCCAAAAAAGAAGUCCACUUUCCAAUGCAAAACUGAUCCCAUACUGCGACGGAUGCAACAGAUCUCCUGGGAGACUAACAGCACAGCAAUCUCUAUAGCAGCAUACCUUCCCAGGCCUGAGCAUGCUGCAGAAGAGGCAGGAAGGGGCAGGGCUGUUGCUGUAUGUAAGGUUCUUUCCAGAAAUGCAUUGCGUAUUGAAUUGCCUUCACUUGCUCCUGAGUCUUGCUGCAGACUGUGUGCCUCUAUGAUUCCCAUCUUUUCUCCAGCCAUUUACAUUUUCUGGCCUCGGUGCUCACUCUUCUGUUUGCCUCAGUAUCAUCUACCCAAACUUUCCUGACCGAAUGGUGCCAGCUCCCUGCAGGACACUAGCGUGUGUGGCUCUGUCCUAUGAAAGGGAAUCCUUUCUUUGUGUCCCAAAGAAAGUGGAGAAUUUGUACUGGAGAAAAGGUAAUCAGGAGAUUUGGCUUCCUGAACCAAUCAGUGGGAGCGGUUCUGUGAAUGGCAGUGAAUGGUGGUAGGAGUUGCUGAGUCCUGUAACCUGAUAGUGGCAAGGUUGCUGCAACUCCAUGGGCUCACAUCGAGCCAGUAGUGAGGCUGAGAGGCUGAGCACGUAUUCCCAAUAGGCACAUAUGCCCACAUACACUCAAUACAUAUAUCCAGAGCCAGCUGCACAGAUCAACACAGGCAGAAAACACUCAUGCAAGCGCAGACAGCAUGAACAGGCUGAUCCUAUUCCCCUCUCUGGCUGAUGAGGAUGAAAGCCUGUUAGAUGAAAAUAUAUAUGUUUACACAUAUACAAAACAGGUCUCUCGAGCAGCUAGCCUUAGAUGUUCAGUCUAUUCAGUAGCUUGGCCCCUAGAUUCCCUGGUAUCCCCAGUUGCUGGCCCAUGGACCUAUGAGCUCCUGAGGCCCACAGCCCAACUCCUGUUGCUGGAACUCACAUGCAAACGCACGUGCACACACUUGCAUACACAUACACAGACCAUGGGGUCCCUCCAGCCACUGGCUUUAGACACUCAGUCUAUCUAGUAGUUGGCCCCUACAUCCCCUGUUCUUCCCUAUAUCUUGUUUCAUGCAUAGACACACAUGCAAAAAGGUCUCUCUGGUAGCUCGUCCAGACCUAUGGUCUUUCCAGAAGCUGAUCCCCGGUCUGUCUAGUAGCUGGCUUGGACCCCUGGGCCCUCUGUAAGCCGCUUCUCAGAUCCCCUAGCCUCUCCAAGGUCCAACCCAGACUUAUGGUCUGGGUCUGAUACCUAGCUCCCAAGUCUUUUAUCCUAUUUGCCAGUCUAUGUUGAUGCUGAUUAGUGAUUACACACAAGUGUUUAUGCACCCACACACAGUAUGCAUGCACCUGGCUCUCCAGUUGCUGGCGCGUCAGACUUACAGGGCCUCUUCAGUUGCUGGCACUUGGACCUCCAGAUACAUACAUGGAUACAAAGUAGAGAUGCCCUCCCCCAGGAAAAUAGUUAGAAAUAGAGUUUAAUAAGAAGAUAAGACAGACUGUAGUGAUCAGAUGCAGGACAUGGCCAGACUAGCAGCUUGCUUAUAUGACUGGCCUCUUUUGUCCCCUUUCUCUGUAGUUUCUCAUACUCUUUGUGAGGGAUUGCUCACUGCUUUGGGCCACAAGGCUAUACUGAGUUGUGUGCAGUUAUCUGCUGUCCUCCCUGCUGGAGCUGAGGACUGUUUCAUCCAGAUAGAGUCUCUCAUCAUACAAAAGGACAGCAUACAGAGGGGUUAGCAGGCUUUGGUUGCUUUUUUGCCAGAAAUAGAAUCUGUCCCUGGGUGUACAGCCCGGCUGGCUCUGGUCUCCAUUGUGAACCGUAGUGCCAAAAGUUGCUGCGCUAUUGGAGUUGACCCUGCCUCACAUCAGCCUCUCAGAGCCCAUUGGCUGGCCUCAAGGGCCAUCACAGCAACUUCUGCUCCUUUUCCAUUGGAGGUUUUUUGUGUCUCAGCCUUAUGACUUUAACAUGACACUCUAUUUCUUGUAUUUCUCCCAGCAUCCAAGACUCUGAAAUCCUGUGAUGGACAGAGACCUCUGUUCUUAUUGAUGAAUGUUUUCCCCACAACCCUCUUAGCUGUGGAGCAAGGGUGAGAGACUAUCAGCCCAAGAAGUCCAUAUGCAGCAGCAGUCCAUGGAAUCUCAGAGCUCUUUGUGUUUAGCACUAUCAGAGAAGUUAAGCCAGCCUCAUGAUUUCUGUAACGUGUUCAGUACACCUUUGUCCCACUGAGGUCUGAACUGGGGUCUUUGAUUUUGAGCUGGGCAUAACAUUUGCCUUUUCCAGAUAAAGAAAACUUUCCUCAGUCACCACAAUUUGUCAAAGAUGCCAGGGAAUGGCCUUUCAUUGAUAUUGGCCUUUCCCCUCAGCAUCUUCAGAUCUACUGUGCCCAGUCACUUGAACUGGUGUAUGUCCAGGUUAAUUACUUCGUCAGUAAUGUUUCCUCUUUAACGCUUUUUCCCCACACUCUGCCAAGUCAGAGAAAGCAUUGAGCACCUCUCUUUUUCUGUGUCAUUUGCCACUAGGUCACCUCCCCAUUCAGCAGUUGUCCCACAUUGUCUCUGGUCUUCCUUUUGCUGCUGAUGCACCUGUAGCAGCUGUUGUUCUGACCUUUCAUAGCCUGCAUCAAAUUUUAACUCUAGAUAAGCUUUCGCCUUCCUAAUUCUCUCCCUGAAUGCUCAGGUGACAUCCCUAUAUUCUUGCUCAGUAACCCAUUGCCACUUCCACCUCUUGCACACUCCCUUUUGUGUUUGAGCUCAGUCAAGUUCCCUGUGCACCAAGCUGGCCUCCUGCUAUGAUUGUCCCUUUCCUUGCACAUCAGAAUGGACCGUUCUUGUGCUUUGAGGAGGUUGUCCUUGAAGAUCCACCAGCUCUCCUGGUCCUCUUUUUGUCUUUUGGGGCCAUCUGCCAAGUGAUCCUGGAUACCAGUUCCCUCAGCAAGUCAACUCUACUCUCCUACUCUUUUCUGCCUCUUGCCUUCCUCACUUCCCUUGGGAUCUUCAGCUCCACCAAUCUCCAUGCACUUCACAUGCCUAACCAGUUCUAUAACUGGUUCCCUAACCAGUUAUUUGUGACUAGCACUUCCAGCAGGGCACCUCACUAGCUAGUUCAAUCAAUCAACAGUGUCAAAAACUGUCCCUGACACAGUCUCUAAAUAUCCCGGGUUGCUAGUGCCCUCCCUGUUUCCCUUCUAGCAGAAGCUGAGGUGGUUCAAGUACCCCAUGAAAACCAAGGCCUGCAAUCACAACGCUUCCUCCUGUUCCCUAACAGGGCUUUAUCUACUUGCUCCCUUGAUCAGAUGGUCUGUAGCAAAUACCUGCCAGUGAUUGACCAUUGUCAGCUUCUGCUGUUCCUGGCCUAUAAGCUCAUGACCAGGCUUACCCUUGGUCUUCAUUCAGACAGGAUUUAAAGGUAGUUGGUUGGAACAAGUUAACUGAUACACUGCAACACUUGCCUAACAUCACAGUGCUACCUUCUUUGGACACAUCGUUAGUGAUAAGAUCCACUGCCUGGACAAUAUCCUGCAGAGAACAAUCCAGAACUGCCUUUUAGGCUAUCACGGCUCUUCAGAUGAUAGGCCAUAUUCCCUCUCUUGUCUUCUUUUGCUUCUUCUUUCUUGCAUUUGCUCUGUGGUCUUCCUUCUCUCCAUAGUGCAAUGCUAGAAGUGCUGCCCAAUGGGCUGGAGACACUUUCAAAAAAGAUAUUACUACACAUUGGCUGAAGAAGUGUCCUGCAAUGAAAGCAAGGAGAACUACAAAGGGUUGGGCUCCCAGCUGGUAUGCCUGAUACAGAAGCAGAGGAAGUAAGUGCAGGGCUGAGCAAGGGGGCACAGCAGCCUUGAGACUCUGGUGCCAGGCCCCGGAGGGGACUUCAGAGCCCCUCCCUUCUCCUUCUUGCCUUUCCUAAAGAUUUGAUGUUUGAAAAAGGCUUCCAGGAGGAUUUGCCCCGUCACCUUCCAGGGAUCGAGGGGAGGCUGACUAGCCUAUAAUCCUUUGGAUCCUCCUUCUUGAGGAUAGGGGUGACAUCUGCUUCUGUCCAGCCCUCAGGAAAUGCCUCUAACUGCAACAGCCUUUCAAAGAUAAAGGGCAGCCUCAGAGUGACGUCUACCAGCUCCCUCAGCACUUAUACGUGCAUCCCCAUCAGGUCCCAUGGAUUUGUGUAUGUCCAGGUUGUUUACAUGUUCCCUAACCUGAUCCUCCUCUAUUGAGGAGAAGUCUUCCUUGCUUUGGACUUUCCCACUGGUCUCAGGACCCUGGGAUUCCUGAAGGCAAGUCUUACCAGUAAAGACCAAGGCAAAGAUGGCUUUGAGUAACUUGGCCUCUUUCUUGUCCUUUGUCACCAUUCUCCCUAGUAUUCUGUUUGCUGUUGAUAUACCUGUAGAAGCCUUUCUCACCAAAUUUUGCUCCAGAUGGGUUUUGGCUUUCCUCACACCAUUCCUGCACACUCAGACAGUGUCUUUAUAUUCCUGCCAGGUCACCUGUCCCUGCUUCCACCUCUUAUAUGCUUCCUUUUUUUAUACUUGAGUUUUGUCAGGAGCUCCUUGUUCAUCCAUGCAGGCCUCCUGCUGCUGUAGCCUGAUUUCCUGCUCAACGAGAUGGACCAUACUUGAGCUUGGAGGAGGUGAUCCUUGAAAAUCAACAAGCUCUCUUGGACCCUCUUCUCUCCAGGAUCAUUUCCCAUGGGAUUCUUCUAAGGAGAUCCCUGAACAGGGCCAAUUCUGCUCUCUUGAAAUCCAAGGUUGUGAUCCUGCUAUUUGCCUUGUUCCAUUCUAUCAGGAUCCUGAACUUCACCACCUCAUGGGCACUGCAGCCAGGGUUGCCCCUUGCUUUCACAUCCCUGACCAGUUCUUCCGUGUUUGUAAGUAUGAGGUCAAGCAGAGCACUUCCCCUUCUUAAUUCCUCUAGCACCUAUUUCAGGAAGUUAUCAUCAAUGAACUCCAGAAACCUGCUGGAUUCCUUGUCCUCUGCUGUCUUGUCCUUCCAGCAGAUACCGGACAGAUAUCCAACAGAUAUUGAUGAGACUGUAGUCCUGCACACAGACCUCUAGUUCUUCCUAUUCCCCAGACUGCGUAUGUUAGUGUACAGACACUUCAGAGGCAUUCACGUGCUGGUGUCCCAGAAAAAGCGUGAGUGUGUCCCCUGAAAGUUCUGUCCUCUCAGCACUUCCUUGUUUGUGUGCUUCCACAUCAACUGGGCCUUUUUCAGGCCUGUUUUGUUGAUUAGGAAGUCUCUUUUUCCCAUACCGUGCUGCACUCUUUGUUUCCCAACCUGCUCCAUCACUUCUUCACUUUGUCAUAGGUUGUCAUCUCCCUCCUCCAUCAUUUCUAAUUUAAAGGAAUGAUGAGGAACCUCACCAGGUCAGCCAGCCUUUUGGCAAAGAUGCUUUUGCUCCACUUGAUCAGAUGGAUCUUAAUCUCUUCCAAGCAGUCCUUAAUUUUCAAAGAGGGUUCUACGGUUGUAAAAAACUAAUUCCUGUUAUGAGCACCAGGUGUGAAACAAUUAUUGACCUGCAGGAGCCAUCCAUUUCUCCUCAAGCCCUUCCCCCCUCUCCAGAAGAAUCAAGGAGAACAAGUGCCACCAUGCCCUUGCCCCUAGAGCCAUGUGGUCAUAUUUGAUACACUCUGGGUCUCCCCUGGCUGUAUCAUCGGUGCCCACAUGGAACAACAGCAUAGGUAACAGUCUGAAGGCCAGACAAGCAUCAGCAGCCUCUCCACAGUAUCCCAGAUCUAAGCCCUUGGCAGGCAGCAAUCCUCCCUAGACAGCAGGUCAGGUCAGCAGAUGGGUGCCUCCAUCCCCUGCAGCAGGGAGUAACCCAUUACUGUCACAGCUUCCUCCUGCUGCUGCUGUGUGGCUCAGGCUCAGCUGGCUCAGAUAUUUCAAUGGACACCUCCCAGCCCCUCUUCUGGCACGAGGAUACUGAGCCUAUUCUGCAGCGGCAGGUCUGUAGAUGAGAGAGCACAUUCCUCCUGUUGCCAGAAGUCACGGGCUUCUAGUCUUUGCCAGCACAGGAGUCUCCUUUUCCCAACCCAAUAAGCAGACACAGACUGGCUUUCACUCCUUCAGCACAGUUAGGAGUUGAGGAUCCUGUUGGAUCUUCAGGGUCUCAGAGAAGGUCUGGACAUCUCCUUUUCAUCAUCCCUGUAACUGCACAGCCUGUUGACUUCCUGCUGCAGCUUCUUUGUGACACAAAUCCUCCACCACUGUACACCUCCUGCAGGCAGGGAGACCAUCUCCCACUCUCCUACCAAGAGGUCUGAAGCACUCCUGCAGCCAAAGACCUAGAGAGCUGCAUUCUCCCUCAGGAGUGCAGUUUGAGUGGAGUUGUUCCAGGGGGUAUUUGCUCCAGUAUCAUGCCCUGUGGCACAUCACCACCGUUGUUGAGCAUGUGUACAGAGUUUUUAAACCCUGUCUAUGCAUUCUUCUACACAAACUGCUGCACAAACCAUGGCAUCUAGAGGCUGUACCCUAGGACCCAUGCUCUAAGCCCAGAACUUUAUAUAGGCCUCGCCCCUGUACCUGCUGAAAGGGUGUUAGAUCCUCCUCAAUCAGGAGUCAGCUGGAACAAAAUCUCAAAGCACCCUUUAUGUCAAGAACAGUUGUCAGAGCUUGUUAGAAGUUGCUAGAGCCUGCUAGAAGUCAAAGCCUCCUGUAAAUAUCCUUUCCAACAGCAGGCACCCUGAAGUUCCUCAAAGAGUUCCCAGGAGACCUCUGACAAUCCUAGAAGUUCCUAGAAGGUCUAGAAAGUCUAGAAACAGAACCUGGAAACUGUGGCUCAAACUGCUGCAUCUGUUGGCUGCUUCUGUUAGCUUCACUCUCGUACAUACUCAAGCAGGAAGGCUUUCCAGGGCUCGGGACUGAGGAGCUGGUGUUCCGUCCCUGGAAGCACAAAGCAACCAGGUACCUUGGGAAGAACUUACUGUAGAAUUCGUUCUCUGUAUCUGAGGUAUCACAGCUGAUAGCACUUUCUCUGUGUUUUCUACCUCUCACUUUGUGAGUAUUUCUUUCUAGAGUGCUUGUCUUUAUUUGUCUGUUGUGGAUAGAUCUUUCCCUCCAAAUCAUUCUGAAUUCAAGGAAACUGGAAAGCAGGACUCUCCAGGGGCUUCCAGCAGAAGUAGCAGAAGCUGCCAGCAACCCCAAGAAUGUAUUAACUAGGGCCAAGAAGUUCAUUUCUGAACAUGAACACCUGCUGUUCUUUUUUGGUUGUUGGAUCCCUUCUGUGCAUUCGCUAUCCUGCUUCAAGUGGCUGACUGCUUGAUGGAGAGCCUCUAAAACCAGGUACCUUCAUUCCUCUCAACAUGUGGUUCUCUGUGUUCCUACCUUUUAAAUAAAAGCUGCAACUGAUUUUCUGUGUGGUUGGAUUUGGAAAAAAAGCUAGUGAAGUUUUCUCCUGAAGGUCCUGGCUUUCAGCUUCUCAGAUCAUGACUACCUCUCAGGGAAGUUGCAUUCUGUGGCUUCUCCUGCAACCUUGUGUCAUGCAAGACACUCUUGUAGCUGUAAUAUUUUCUUUUGUUCAUGUCGUAUUGAUCUUGUCUGUAACCAUGCUGUGCUUGUUGACUCUUGUCUGUAUUGUGAGGGUCUAUGAGAGUAGAUUCAAGGUUCGCUAGUGCCUCCAAGUAGUGCACUUGUUAUAAUAAAGUACCACUAUCUUCAGGGGUUCCAAGGACAGGGGCAGGAGUUCCUGGCAGUUCUACACUGCCAUGUGCCACCCUGCUGUCCCAGCACACUGCUCAGCCCCCAGGUAUUUGUAACAUGAAAUAACCAAUAUUCACUCGUGAAGCUCUUUGUGACUGGAGAAGGUAGAAGCAAGCUAGGAGGUCUUUAGAGACUUACAGAACUAUGGAAUGAUGUAUGGGAAAAUUGAGGUGAUUGAUACAUGCUGCCCUCAAGCGUGAUGCAGGUGUUUAUGGAGCAGAAAGGUGAAAUAAUUUCCUGCCCUUUCAGGAAUGUAAGAUAUUUACAAUGGUUCCAGAGCCUCCCACUGUGAUUGUAACCUUUCCCAGUGCUGGUCCCAGCAGCCUGGUACCAGGACCCCUAAUGAGGAGGUCCAUUUUGAGACUCUUAACCCCAGAGUAGGAGAGAGCUGCGGUUAGUCACUUGGAUGUUGUGAGGUGAAUUGUUUCCUCCCUGGAACUGGGGGUCUAUGAUGCUAGAAAGAAAGUUGUUUGCUGUCUCUCUAUGUUAGUUCCUGUACACACAUUGAUGUGAUUUCAUACAGGGGUGCCUGCACAGCCCCCUCAUCUUCGUCAAAUGACCUAGAUUAUAACAACUGAUAAAAUAGAAAUCUGAAGAUUAUAUUAUUAUAGAACAUAAACAGUUGUGCAAAUUGAGUGCCUGAAACUAUGAGAGGGUAUUAAUCCAAAACCUGCUAUUGUUGAAGAGGAAGAUGACCAUCAGCUGGAUUAACAGUAACCAGGGAAUUAGCAAAAGAUUUCUGAGACAAAAAAGAGUCAGUCUGAAAAAAUGUAGAAAAGAAGCAAGAAAUUUUUUAGUGUGAGAAGAGAAAUGAGUAGGAACAAACUAGCAGUCAAAACCUGGUUUGACAGUGCCAGAAGUUGCCCCACAACUUUGCAACCUCUGUCUAGAAUUGACAGUGCAUCCUCCUGGUUGGAUGCUGUGGGUAGGGGACUAACAGUAAGGGAUGUAACAGCUUUGGUGUGUAGGUUACCCUGUGCAUUCUCGCUGGCCUGUGGAUUGGCAGACUGUGGGAAGUGACAUGGGUACACACAAAGUUAAAGCACCUGCAGCUCCAAUAGGAAGCACAUAUAAUUAGGGGAACCCACACUCUGAGAAAAGAGAGAUGUUCUUGUAACUCUCACUUCCUGUGGGAAGUGGGGGCUGGGAGGGGGGUUGUGCAAGUAACCUUGGGAAUGUGUGUGUGGGGGGAAAUUAGAACUUUUGGUGAUUAGUUACAGAAACAUGUUUAGAAAUUUGUAGGUGUUUAUUAAUAUUUUGUAUCUAGUCUUGUAGUUUAUCCAUUAUAUUGCUGAUACUGAUCCUGAGUAUAUAGAUAACUCUUUGCCAGUUAAUGACAUGUCAAUAAUAUAUCAAUAAACUGCUUUGAUCCUGAUUCAAUUUAAACCACA